CGCUUUUCUUUCCAGUCCGCCCCGGUACACGGCAUUCGUCCUCCGAGUGUGGGCCCCACAUCGUCGUCAGGAAAUCUUUGUUGCGAAAACAUUAAAAAAUUCUGUUGAGCUCUAGUAAAAGCCUAAAUAUGUUACUGAUCUCGCUCACCGCGGUCUUCGCGGUCCUUGUGGUCAACAAUGCAGAACCUGUCCCGAAUACCAAAGAUGAUGGUCCAAUUGCCGAACUGCCAGAGAACUGGGACCAAACAAAAGAUGAUACUCAGUCGUUAUUUCUUAACAAGAGCGACAAAAAUGACCUCGAACCUUAUCCUCUCGCUCUAAGUGAAGAAGGUAAUUCUGAAGGAUACGACCAAGCCGUCGAGCAACGAUAUGAAUCUCCUCAAUCUAACGGGGAACUGGACAAUCUUAUUAUGAGGCCAGAGUUAUAUGGGGAGCCUCCUGCUAUGGAAGGGCUUUCAGGUGGUUAUGAGACCCGACGUCGUAAGCGUGGUAGUGGAAAAGUUGGGGGGGCUGGUGCCGCUACAAAGGUCGCUACCAAAUCUGGCUCAGGAAAGAAAAAUCUUAAAGUAAACGAUGCACCAACGCCUGUAGAUUUCGUAAUCCAAGAGAAUGAUAAUAAUCGCCGCAAACGUGGCAGUGGGACUAAGGUUAGCGGAGCAGCAGCCUCAGCCAAAACUGCCACCAAAAAUUCUGGAGGAAAUAAAAAAAACUUUAGGUCCGUAUCUGAACGUCGUAAGAGAGACUCUGGUCUAAGCGCUGCAGAUGUUAGAGCGCUGCUUAACUUUUGGGAAGCUCAAGAAAGAAGAAAACAAGACUUACAUGCCGCAAGCCGGAACGCUGAAGUUCCGUAUUACGGCAAUAUCAAUACAUUAGAUCUAGGGCAGCCGGAGGUGGACGAAGUUGGCGAUAUAUGGUUACGCGAUGAGGGAGCAAUUGAUCCACGAGAAAGAGAUUACCCACGCCAGUCUUAUUUCUCCGAACAAAAUCGUGUAGGCGUGGGUUUACCUGAAAUAUAUCCAGUUGACCCUAACGAACUUAUGCAAAGGUAUGAAGAGGCGCGUCGUAAGAGGAUGUACGUGAAUAAGAUGAAACGGUUCAUGGUCGCUCGAAAACGUUCGGAUAUGCACCAGAACAAUUACCGGCCCCGAGAUGAUCUGUACACCCUGGCUGAACUUCUGCGCUCUGCACCCCGCGUUCAAGAACAAGAUAUACCUGUCUAUCGCCGACUGAUACUGUAAAGAGUUAAACGAAGAAAGGAUCCAUUGAUACAGUCUGGAUAAUAAUUCCACUUAUAAAAAUAGUAAAAAGGCAGAUAACUGCUUUAAUCUUCAUUUAAUCUUCUAAAUCUUGUUUAAUACGCACACUUCUAUCCGUUAGCUGGCAGAUAAAUUUCCACUAACAUUUACGAAAUGGAUUGAAGCAACAGCGUCAUGCAUUUAUUUCGCAGUGUCUAGAAUAUAGGAUUAUAGUGUAGUUUUAGAAACAUAGCAUAGAUUAUGUAUAUGUAAUUUUGUUAUCUUUGAAAAAAUAAAUGGCCUAACAAAACAAAUAUUCAUUCGAAAGUACAUACCUAUAUGUUAUUAGGUACUACUUUCAAUAGAAUGUUAUAGUGUACUUUUUCUACCUCGGUUUACCGCAUAUCUGAUUAUAAUUUAUACUCGUUUUUACCAAAAAGAUAAUUAGUUCAAAUUUAUAUAUCCCAAAUAUUAAUGAUUACCUACUAUGUACUGCAUAGUGAAGUGAAACUUCACAUUUAAUCGUGCGAAAUGUUUAGAAUAGUUUUGAUGUAUACAUGGUAUUCACUUAGCAUUAUAAUAAAAAUGCUGUAUUAAAUUGGCAUUAUAA